CAUACAUAUACAUAUACAUAAUAAAUGGAUGAUAAUUAAAAGCCAACUAUCAUCAUCACAUUACGGAUCUGACCAAAGCGAAAUUAUAAAAAAUAAAGAAACAUAUUACUGAAUAAAAUGAAAAUAUAACGAAAUAAAAAGUACGUAAAAAGAUAUGAAUCUAAACUAUAAAAAAAUUUUUAAUGGUGAAUGGUAUGUCACACGAGAUGGCACUAAGAAAAGAUACAUUGUAAAGAUCGAAACUAUUUACAUGAUUAUAUUAUGUUUUACGACGAACUUUUUAAGUUUCAUCGUCGUCGAACCAGGAACUCGUGUAACUCUUGACAAUUUAGCACCAAAAUCAGCGGCAUUUAAUGCCCUUUUUCGUCGAAAUUAUAAUUUAAAGAUAAGAAUACUCGCAGCUAAUGUAAUUACGGGAUUAAUAACAACGACAAUGGUAGCUAUAGCUGAUGAAUAUAAUAUUCCUUAUCUUUAUCUACCGUGGCUGGUAAAUACUAUCAAUGGAAUUGCAUUUUACGAGGGCCCUAUUUUUCUAAAUUUGAUUUACACUCUUUUACCAAACUUAGGAAUUCCAACAGGAUCGUUUCUACUCAUGAUAUUGCUUUUAUACGUUGAGGAACUAUGUGUCUGGAAUGAAAUAUUUAUCAGUUUUCAACGUAAUUGGUCUGAUUAUAAUAACAAGAAACAAAACAGCAUCAUCAAAAGCAAGGAAAAUAGUCUUACUUCUUCGAAAAACAAUAAGGAACUUUUUUCGAAGGAAAAUAUAAAAAAAAAGGAUCGGACUCUUCUUCUCGAAAAAAUUCAAAAUCGAAGAAGAUCUUUUGAUUCUUACAAUAAAUCUAAUAAUCCCUUUUAUAUUAAUUCUAUUCUAACAGAACAUAUUUUCGAUAAUAACAUAACUACUUAAUAUGAUGAUAAAAUGGAAUGGAAUACACGAUGAUUGGUAUUUAAGGGAAAAAAAUGAAUGCGUUUAA